UAACAACAGCGCUUUAUCGUUCUAUCAGUGUUGUGUAACUGCAGCGCCUCGAGUGAGCGGAGCGAACGGAACCGGCGAUUAAGAUGGCCCUCACCCUUGCUGACCGGGCCAUCGGAGCGAUCAUUGGGUCAGCUGUGGCCGAUGCUGCAGCUCAGCCAAUGCACUGGGUUUAUGAUCUACAGAAGCUCAGCCAGUAUUUAUAUCAGAAUCCAGAACCGGAGUUCAGGCCCGAGUCCGUGAACCCGUUCUACAGGAGGGAAACGGGCAGGCAGAGCUGUUAUGGAGAUCAGGCCUUUGUUCUUCUGGAGUCUCUAUUGGAGUGUGGAGGUUUGGACGAGGAAGAUUUAAAGCGGCGCAUGUACAAGUUCUUUGGCCCCGGAUCAGAGUACGACACGCCUGUUAAUGAUCCAUACAGAGAUAAAGGAGCUCCGAGACCUCAGCUGCCCAUUGAAGGACCCUGGAGACAAGCAAGCUUAAAAAGCUUUAUCAGAAAUGUGGAUUCAGGCAAGACAGAAACAGGCUGUGUCAGUGAUACUCAGAUGGACGGUGUGGCCAAGCUGGCUCCCAUCGUAGCGUUUUACGCCGGGAAGCCUGAGAUGUUGGAGAAAGUCGAAGACGCCAUACGGGUCACUCAGAAUAGCGACACCUGUGUGGCGGUGACCCUCGCAGCGGCCAGGUUCCUGGAGCAUUUUAUUCUGAAUGGUGCUGAUCCUGACGCCCUGACCGCCGUCCUGAAGCAGCUCAACGACCCAAACAGGAAAAACCCACAAGAGCUGGACAAAGCUGUGGCAGGACAGAUUCAUGAAGUGAAGGAUAAUUUGAGCAAAUCCCAGAAGGAGCUGCUUCCUGCAGUGUUUACAAACACCUGAGGUUUGCCCGGUGCGUUCCAGGCAGCGCUGCAUGGAGUCCUGACGGCUGUGGGGUUUGAACAGGCUGUGAGGGAAACCAUGAGCUGUGGGGGCUGCAGCUGCAGCAGGAGCUCCUUCAUCGGGGCCUGUAUUGGAGCUCAGGUCGGUCAUCAGGGAAUCCCGGAGUCGUGGAAGAGCCGAACUUUACGAUACGGGGCUCUGCUGGAGCUCUCCAGGAGCACCGUUGGAGCAGACAAAUCAUAGACUCCUUUAUUUUUACUCCACCUUCUUUAUUCAGGGCUGCUGUGAUUUAAUAAGAACAGUUCAUGACAGUUCAAACUGAAAUCUGUGUAAGGUUAGAACUGGAUUCAUUUGUUCUGUUGACUCGCAGCAUCCCGUGUUAAAGAAUUAUCCACUGUGUGCAAUAAAACUUAAUUUUAUCACUUA